GCGCCUUACGGGGGCGUCACGCUAUUUUGCAGCCGGGUCCAAAGCGGUGGCGUCUUUCCCUCCCUUCUUUUCCACGCUUACGCGGCGCCCGCCCUAUCCUCUAAGCCGUGCGCCUUCUGUUCUGCUCCCCGUGUUGUUUUUUUCUAGAGGUUCCAAGAUAGUGGCCGUUGUCCCGCGCAAGAGUUAGGGGCGCGCCCCUCUUCGGCACGGCCAACCGGGCACCCGGCCAGCAGCUCCAUGGGCCCAACCCGGAAGCCCAAUGUAUGCCACCAGCUGAGUCGCCGGGCACAGGGCUUCUUCACGCGCGAUGCAGGCGUGGUGCAGAGGACGAACCUGGGCAUCCUGCGCGCCCUUGUCUGCCAGGAAAGUACUAAAUUUAAGAAUGUUUGGACUACUCAUUCCAAGUCACCUAUAGCCUAUGAGAGAGGAAGAAUAUAUUUUGACAAUUAUCGGUGCUGUGUCAGCAGUGUUGCAUCCCAGCCAAGAAAACUUUAUGAAAUGCCAAAAUGUCCCAAGUCAGAAAAAAUUGAGGAUGCUUUAUUAUGGGAAUGCCCAGUGGGGGAAAUGCUGCCCAAUCCAUCAGAUUAUAAGUCCUCACUCAUAGCACUGACUGCUCAUAAUUGGCUACUUCGUAUAUCAACAACAACAGGAGAAAUCCUUGAGAAAAUAUAUCUUGCUUCAUAUUGCAAGUUCAGAUAUUUGAGCUGGGAUACUCCUCAAGAAGUCAUUGCAGUCAAGUCAGCUCAGAACAAAGGCUCAGCUUUGGCCCGGCAGGCGGGCAUUCAACAGCCUGUUUUGCUCUACCUUGCAGUAUUCCAUGUCCUACCUUUUUCACUCAUAGGGAUUUUGGAGAUCAACAAAAAAAUUUUCGGGAACAUUACAGAUGCUACCUUGUCUCAUGGAAUACUGAUUGUGAUGUACAGCUCAGGACUGGUCAGACUCUAUAGCUUCCAAGCCAUCACUGAACAGUUCAUGCAACAGAAACUUGACUUAGGUUGUGCAUGCAGAUGGGGUGGGACUUCUGGAACUGUAGGAGAGGCUCCUUUUGGCAUUCCUUGUAAUAUUAAAAUCACAGACACACCACCACUACUCUUUGAGGUGUCUUCUCUGGAAAAUGCUUUUCAGAUUGGAGGCCAUCCCUGGCACUACAUCAUCACACCUAAUAAGAAGAAACAGAAAGGAGUUUUCCAUAUUUGUGCCCUGAAAGAUAAUUCCUUGGCGAAAAAUGGGAUCCAAGAAAUGGAAUGUUGUUCUCUAGAAUCUGAUUGGAUCUAUUUCCAUCCUGAUGCUUCUGGUAGAAUAAUACAUGUUGGCCCAAAUCAGAUCAAAAUUUUAAAGCUAAAUGAAGUAGAAAAUAAUAGUGCUCAGCAUGAGAUCUCUGAAGAUUUUGUGAUUUUGGCCAAUAGGGACAAAAACAAAUGUGAAAACUUAUUCACUGUUACAUCUUCUGGACGGUUGGUAAAAAAACAAAUCAACCUUCUGGAUGACGACCCAGAACAAGAGACUUUCAAAAUUGUGGAUUAUGAAGAUGAGUUGGAUUUGCUUUCUGUAGUAGCUGUUACUCAAAUAGAUACUGAUGGAAAAGCUCAUCUGGAUUUCCACUGUAAUGAAUAUGGAACUUUACUAAAAAGCAUUCCGCUAGUGGAGUCAUGGGAUGUGACAUAUAGCCAUGAAGUCUACUUUGACAGAGACUUGGUACUACACAUAGAACAGAAACCCAACAGAGUCUUCAGCUGCUAUGUUUACCAGAUGGUAUGCAAUGCUGGUGAAGAAGAAAUACCAAGCAAAAGUUGUAGGAAAAAAAUUCGAUAAUUUAAAAUUUUCAGAUGUGACUUGGGAGACUUUUAGCCACACACCCAAAGAAUGUGUCUGUCUAGUCCUCUUUUUUAUUGUCUGCAUUAUGAGCUCUACAAUAAUUUCCAGAAAAGGUCUUGUGUUGACUUCAGAUAACUGUGACUUCUUUAUUAAACUUGCCAUAUAAGAUGAUGAGGACAUCAUUUUAUGUAAUAGUUUAUUGGAAUGGUAUCCAAAGAAAUCUCGCAUAUUAGAACUUUUAGCUAGGUGGUAAUGCAAAUAUAAAAUCCUGAGAGCAGAAAAGGAAGGGCAGCUUAAUUCCAGGUGCUGGGGAGAGUCAUUAAUGGGCUCUUAAAGAAUUGUAUGGAAUUUUGAUUGAUAAUAAGAGAGAAGAAAAAACUACAAAGAAUACACUAAGAUCCUGUGUAUAAUACUGAGCUUUGCUUAAGAUAAGAAAUGAGAUCUGUAAUGUAAGACAUACUUUUGAGCCAAAAAAAGAAAAACCACCACUUUUUUUUUUUUAAAUCUUAUGGAUGUUUGUAUUUGUUAAUAAUAGCAGAAAUUGGCUGUAGUUCCCUCUGUCUUUUCUUCCAUGGCUUUAUUCUCUUGACUUGGUGUUCCCAUUGCUUAUUUGUGUUUUUAUUAUAGACUAAUGUAAGAUUCCAAGCAUACUUUCAGUUAACGUUUUUUUUCCCAGUAUGUCGCUUUUUUAGCUCUUAACACAUCAUUAGUGUUGUUUUCAUUUCACCAUUAGUUUAUUUGGUGAGUCUUCCAAUUCUGCCUCAGCACCAUUUUCAUGCCUCUGCAAUGAGAUACAGGCAUCCUGGGUUGCACUAGGAUAGAUAAAGACCUAGAAAUUUCUAUUGCGUUGGGAAACAAUUGGAUAAAUAUUUGAGUCUAUCUUAUUUGUGAAAUAAGUUUUUUUCUUUCUUUCUUUCUUAAAGCCAGCCUAAAUAAGAUCAUUGAAUUCAGGUAAUCACUCUUCAGAAUGUUAAAUAAAAGCAGCCUAAGUAAUGGAAGAAAAUGUUUGUGCUUCCUAUUUAAGAAUUCUAAUGUUUGCAAUCCAUAUAUUCAGCACAUUUCUCUGAUUCAGCCUCAAAAGAAUAACUAAAACGAGAGGAAACAACAGUAAAUUCCUGCUGAUUCAGAUUUAAGGUUAAAAUACAAAAUUUUAACUUGAAUUUACAUUUAAAUACUUCAGUUUUUACUUGAUCCCAUGUUAAGAAUAUAUGAAUCCUGUACAGGUAUGCCCUUCAAGUUUGCAAAUAAAUAUCAAUCUUAUUUGGGUCAACAGGACUAAAGAGAAAAAGAUAUUAACUAUUUCAAAAGUCAAAUUUGUAGCAGAACUCAUAAGUUUGAAAGAAAUGAAGGGGAAAAAUCUAAAUUGUAUAUUGCACAAUAGAAACCAAGACUGCUAGCAUUUUAAAACCUGGAAAAAUAUUUAUAUAUGGGUUAAAAAUCUAUCUGAAUCUGGUCCUAUGUACAAUAACUAUUUGAUAAAGAAAUGGUUACCUCAUGAGUAAGAUUAUAAAACUUCAGAUAUUAAAUUCUAAUACUUUUAGAUCUACUAGUUGAAAAUUCAUUCUCAUUUUAUGCUUAUUUAGUAGUAUUACAUAGUGUAAUAUUGGAAGCUUUCAGACCAUUCAGUGGCAAGAUUAUGGCUACAUGAUUGUUAACAAGAUGUUUGAUAAAAAGAUGCCAAAGUAGAUAAAAGAGAGCAAAGAAUGUGGGAAAUUACAGGUAACAGACAUAGCAGGAAACAGUACAGUUUGCUUCCUAAAAAUGUAUGGGUUUCCUAGCUCCCCACAGUAGCAUAUCCUCUUGUCCUAUCCUAACUCCACUCUCUGGAUUGCUUUAGAGACUCCACUAUGGGGCCCACUACCGUAGAGGUGCUAGUGAGAGUAUAAAACAUUAUGUGUUACAUUUCUGAGUUUUUAACACAAGACUAAGCGAAAUAAGGUCACUUCUUAACAGUGGUACCAGAUAUUAAGCUGAUAAUUUUAUGUCUACAUUUCACUACUUGACCUAAAACUGUAUUCUCACAGUAUCAGUGCAACAAGGUUGUGUUUCUUUGAUUUACUAAAACACUUGUAACUCUAAGAGAACACCAAAUUUUGUUAUAGUUACUAUUUAAAACAAAUGAGAAGACAAUAUUGUUGUUUAAACCAAUGAAGGUGCUCUGUAUCCCUCUAUAACUGAAUGUUGUGUUUCUUAUACAACGCUUAUAAGUAAUAGUAUUUAUUUAUUGAGUGUUUUCCAUCUACCAGUCACUGUGAUACAUGUAAAAUCAAUUGUCUCACUUAAACUGAAAAUAACCAUAAAGAGUGUGACUACAGUUAGCUUUCCUUAUUUCACAAGUGAGGAAAGUAAUGUUUACAGAAAUUAAUUUUCUUUAGGUCCCACGUGCAGAGGUGGGAAGCAAUCUCUAAGUUACUUGACACAAACUAUGCCAUAUUUCUUCUAAAGCAAGGCAAAGGACAGUGUCAUUUUUAUCCCGUACAUAACAUACCAACAAUUAUAAUACUAGGUACUUAAGACAAUGAUUUAUAAGUGUUUUUUAAUGAUGUUUGUAUAUCCAAAUUUUGGACAAAGUUUGGAUGAGACACAAUUGGCCUAUUCCCACAAAUAAGACAUAAAAGAUGGCUUUUCAUCCAAUGGUUAAAAGUCAUUUUUAAAAUGUACAAAAAAUGGUACUUGCAGUCCUGUUGUGAUAGCAAUACCAGUGUUAGUAAUUACUCUUAACAUAACUUGACUUCUUUUUCAAUAACUUAUUUUCUUAUCUUUCUUACCAUAUUUUGAUAUAUAAUCUCAAGUACCAGGGAAAAUUCAGGGGUUAAUUUCUAUUCCCUGUGUUCUCUAUCUUAAAAAAUCUAAUUUAAUUCAAAGAAUAUAAGAAUAUAAAACCUACUGAGAGUUUCUCCUUAUCAUUUUAUGAUAAAAACUUUCAAACAUAUAGCAAACUUAACAGAAUUGUAUAUACUUAAAUACAAUGUAUUCUAUAUUUUAUUCUACAUGU